CUUAACUAUUAGCUUUCAAUUCUACCAUCACCAGCACUGUUCACUUAAAAUGCCGCUGGAAGCGACGAUGAUGAUUAUCGACAAUUCCGAGUACAUGCGGAAUGGAGACUAUACUCCUACUCGUUUUGAUGCCCAGGCUGACGCCGUCAACACCGUCUUUCAGACGAAGAUCGACUCAAAUCCAGAAAAUACAGUCGGUGUCAUGACUAUGGCUGGGAAGGGCCCUGAAGUACUUGUAACCCACAGCAAGGACCUCGGUCAGAUCCUUCAAGCAAUUCACACCACCUCAUCCAAAAUUGGAGGCUCAAUAGACAUACCCACCGCUAUCGCGAUUGCCCAGCUUGCCUUGAAACACAGAGAAAACAAGAACCUCCGACAGCGUAUUAUCGUCUUUGUCGGAUCACCGCUGGAGGGCCAGGCUGCAGACGAAAAGGCCAUGAUCAAACUCGCAAAGAAGCUGAAGAAAAAUAACGUUGCUCUUGACGUCGUAUCCUUUGGUGAUGGGAUCGAGGAGCCAGGUGAAGAAGGGAAGACGAUCCUUAGGUCAUUCGUCGAUAACACUAGUAGUGGUGACAACUCGCAUAUCGUUACAGUAGCUCCAGGAAUGCGCCUCAUUUCCGACGCUCUCAUUUCAUCGCCUAUUCUUUCCGCGGAUCGUUUGAGCAGCAUACCUGAUGAACUCAUGGAAGGCGCAGAUGCGCCUUCAGCAUCAGGCUCAGGUGCUGUCAAUGAUUUUGAGUUCGGUGUUGACCCGAGUCUAGAUCCUGAGCUGGCUAUGGCGCUUCGCAUGUCGAUGCAGGAAGCUCAAGCACGAGAGGCAGCGGAGGCAGCGGCAUCUUCUACCUCAAUAUCCCAACCUCACACCGACUCUUCCGCAACGCAAGCUUCCACGACCCUACCUACAUCGGUCACAGCAGAACCCACUGAUAGCGAAGAGGAAGCUUUGUUACAGCAAGCUAUUGCUCUGUCUCGGGGAGAUCAUGACAUCGAGAUGGAUACGACUCACAAUGAAGACGAUGUCCCGAUGGAUGAAGAUGAGGACGAAGAGGCCGCUAUAGCUAGAGCAAUUGCCAUGAGCAUGCAGCCGCCACAGCCGCCACAGAAAGAUGAGGAGGCCAAGAAAUGACUGUAAUAUUGUUAUUUGUUUCCGUUCUUACAUUAGUACAAGCCGGUGCGAGGAGGAAAUGAAAGCCUUUGCAGUUAUUAAAUAUUCAUUGAUCUGGGUGUCUACAUUUUGCCGUGGUCCUUUUCCCAUUCGCCCACAAACCCAUGGAUUUUUUCGACCACAUCAGAAGCUGUAGUUACCUGAC